GAGCGGGGAGGACGCGGGGACGUACGCCUGCCGCAUCCGAGUCUUCAUCGAGAAAGGAGGGAGGAGCUCGGGAGGAGGAGGGAGGUGGCACAUGGCAGCUGAGAAAACCUCCACCCCUGUGACGGUGAAGGUGGUGCAGACCAAACCGAGCUUCACGGUGACCCUCGACGCCGCCGCAAACCCCCAGAUGACGGCUGAGCCCACAGAGCUGGCGUGUCACGUGACCAACAUUACCCAUCUGCCCCUGGGAGGCCGACUGGGUGUCAGCUGGGAGCACACCACACUUCCUGGAACAGGGAGCGAUCCUCACACCUCAAAUCCCAUCGGCUCCCUGGACGCCCAUGGCAACCUGUUGCCGGGAGCGAUGUACUCCGACCGGCUGAAGAGCGGCGUGAUGACUCUGACCAGAGUUCAGCCGGACACAUUCAAACUACGAUUCCUCCGCACUCAGGAGAUCGAUAUGGGCCAGUAUGUGUGCAGUGUGUCAGCUUGGACUGUUAACAGCCAGGGCGACAUGGUGAACACAGCCGAGUACCGUAGCACCCAGCUGGCUGUACGAUGGGACACCAAACGUCCCACUCUGAACGUCGUGGCCAAACGCGUCCGUGAAGCCUCAGUGGGCGGGGCUACCUUCGAGAUGAGCUGCGCCGUGGUCACUGAGAACCUCGGGGAGGCGGGCUACUCUGUGCUCAUCCAAUCACAGGACAGCCUGGCGGGCACCGUGAGAACCAUCAUGACCCUCAGCCCUGACAGCGUCCUGCAGCACGGAGGAGCCACGGACCCCAACAGGAGAGACAGUCUGGUUCUGACAAAGUCUGGCCCGGCAGAGUUCCGGUUCCGCCUGGCGGGCGUCCAGUUGUCAGACAGAGGUUUCUACUGGUGUGACAUCACGGCGUGGACCAAACAGCAGGCGGGACAAGCUUGGACCAAAGCCACCAGCGCAGAGUCCAACAAAGUCAAGAUCGACUUUGAGGAAAACGGCCCGAACUUCGCCGUCGCCAUCCAAUCGGACACCACCAUCGUGUAUCCGUGGGAGACGGCCAAGAUGGAGUGUUCGCUCAGCGUCUCCGGAUCCUCCCCGAAGACUGGCGCACAGACAGACGACCUGGCGUACGAGGUGCGUUGGUUUUUCACCAGGCUGCGCGGUGGGAUGACGACGACCCAGGUGGCCAGCGUCGACCGCUUCGGCGUCGUGAGGAAAGACGCUCGCAACUCGUCCAGCGACGUUUCGGUGGAGCGCAAGGACACGCACACAUACCUGCUGAACAUCCACGGCACUCAGGACGGUGACAGUGGGGAGUAUCACUGCGAGGCCACUCCCUGGUACCUGUCGGCCUCAACAGGAGCCUGGACUCAAGCCGGAGAGCUGACGUCAUCUCGAGUCUUCCUUACAGUCCGGUUUGCUGUGUGGGAUUCCCUAAAGCUGCCUCUCUUAUAUGGAGUAGCAGCCUCAAUAGGUGUGGGCCUCUUCUCUCUGGUCCUGGGUCUGGUUUGCGCCCAUUGCUGCUGCCGCAAUACGACCCACACUCCACGCUCACGCAACAAACUGAUGGACCUGGAGAUGGACUGACAAACACUUUCCCCCGCACCCACACACUGCAGCGCUCACAGGAAACACCAGGCACACCACAGACACACGCCCAUAGACGAUUUCUGGGACACCCAGUUGUUUCCGUGCGACGGACGUUGGGAUUAAAAAAAAAAA